UGCCCACCACUGUGAGCUCGCAGCACCGCUUCUCUCCUCACACUAUCACAACCCUCGCAGCCCAUCAUGAGCUAAUCCUCCUCUAUUGGGAACCACCUCAUCCAUUCCUUUCCAUUUUUUGGCCGCAAUCCCAUCUUGUCAUCCCUCUCCUUUGCCUCACCCUAACCACCUUAAUCCCUCACUGGACCACCAUUUGA